AUCUGUCCUCCUCCAGAAGCGUAUGAUGAUCCCCGAGAAGUAUGCGAAGAAAUACGGGGAUGAACUCGGUGACACGGUCAAGCUCAACCUCGCCAACGGUCGUGAAUGGGAAGUGCACGUUGUAAAGGCCAAAGACGCCGUUUGGUUCCAUCGCGGUUUGGAGAGUUUCAUCAAGGACAACUCCAUUGGCAUUCACUACCUCUUGCUCUUCAACUACGCUGGAAACUCGCGCUUCAACGUCCAUGUUUUUGAUCUCACGGCUACGGAGAUCGACUAUUCAGAAUGGAGGAAAUGGGUCAAGUUGUGUAUUGGGGACAAGGAAAACUUGGGGCCAUGGACACACAUUAUCUCUGUAUCCUAUAGCCAAUUAGCCAUGCCUGAGCCUACAUUUACCAGUAGUGAUAAAAACAACAAGACCAAAACACUUGGUCAAGAAAUCAUGGAGGCCGUCUUGGCCAUGACGAACCGAAUCAGUCAUCAUCAUCAUCAUCAUCAGAAACAUGGUCAGAAGGUGGGAGACCCAAGCCAGGCCGGGGAGGAGGACGGCCCCACAAAUAGCGUCAUCACGCUAGCGGGAACCAACACAGGGGCGAGCAUGAAGGGCGAAAUGGGCAAGAAAAUGUCCGGGGCCGAGGGCGAAAACGAGGAGGAGGAGGAAGAGCAGCUGAAAACUUAUGUGAACAGCAACUUCCAAGCCAUAAAUAACUCCAUCAUGUUAGGGGGGAGCUAUAGCUCCAAUGAUCCAGGAGUGCACUUGGAGGUUGUGGACUACAUGGAGGAGGAGGAGGAGCCUCAGCCUGAAAAGACUAAGAAGAAGAGGAAGAACAAGGGGAAGAAGAUUGUGGAGGAGAGCUCUCACUCAAAGGAACAGAGGGAAUCAGACUAAUUAAUUUAGAAAUUAUUGAGUGUUUUCUUCUUGAAAUCUGUUUAUCACAUUGUUGAAAUGAAUUAAAAUAACAUUU